CCUACUGUUUGUUUCGAAUUUCCGGACCGGCCGUUGACAAAUAUCGUGGUUGUGUUUACAACUGAAGUAAUAAGUUACUAGAAUUUUUACUUCUGACAUGCAAAGAUGUCUUCAAAAAAAGCAAAGUGGAAGAAUUCCGUUGAGAAAGCAAGGCGAGUAUCACAGGGUUCAUCGGCACAUUCGACGCGAAAGAGCAGUAUUAUUGGGGAAGAAACAAGUGCUAAUGAGCUGGAAGAGUACCUAGAAACUUUGAAGAAAAAGUCUGGAAUCAAAUCUCUUUGGAGAGGAGACAGUUUCGAUCGAAUUGUCCGUGAUGAGGAAGACAAAACUCCAGAUAUUUCAAUUUCUAGCAUAGAGGAUGAAGAAUUAGGUGAAAGGCUUCCAUCAGAAAAGGCACAUGUUGAUGAUGAUGAUGAUGAUGAUUUCAAGGUUAAUCUUCAGAUGUUCUCGCGAUCACCAUCACCAACAAACGGUGACUCCUCUGAAAGCUCAAUAAACCCAAUGAAAGGAUUGCAAAUGGCUGAAUUUGCUUUUAAUGAAGAAGAAUUAUCAGACAAUAUAUUAGCAAAUAACAAACUGGACGACAAACUGAAGAGCUUGACUGUUUCUGAUAAAGACGUCAGGUCAGUAAUCAAUGAUUUGUCGGAACCUGCUGAAGUAUUGACAGAAGAUGAAGUGGAGGAGGAGAUAGAGGAGGAUGUUGCUGAAGAAGGUGUUGUCGCAAAUAAUAAAAAUACCACAAGCAGACAAAGGAGCCUUUCAGAUGAUAAUAAAUCCCCUCCAAGGUCUGUUAGUGACGCUGAAAACCACACAAGCAAACACGAAAAAAGUCCUACAAAAUCACAACAAGAUUACACAACUGACUUUUCCUCUGGAAGUGAGAUUAAAACCCGCAGUGAUAGGUCAAUUUCUCAGACUUACAGUGAACAAAAAAGUUCAAGGUCAUCGAGAUCUUCCAGGUCAUCUAGAAGUUCGAGGUCAUCACAAAGUUCAAGAUCUUCACGAAGUUCAAGGUCAUCUCAAAGUUCAAGGUCAACCAAAAGGUCAAAAUCAAGUGACAGGUCAAGGUCAAGGAGAAGCAAUUCUGAUUACAGCAGGAGCAAGAACACAGACCGUGGUAACAGGUACAGGUGUGACGUCGGAGUCCAAACAGCACCUCCAACUGAACAGUUUACCAUACCACCAGGCCUUGGUGUUGGCAUGGCAACAAGUGGCCCACGACUCGGGAUGCAGUAUGUUGACCCUUCACCUAUAGCAACACACAUAGUAUCACCAGAAGCCAUGGAAGGUGAGUUGGCAUGCUGUUUUCAUUACCAUGGUUUUUAGAGGGGAAUAUACAUCUAUAUCAUCCACGACAAAGUCCUUUGUUGCAUGUUUUUGUUUAUGUUUUUGGCCUUGGCUGUGCACCGUUGUGUGUUUGCAUCUGUGUGAGGAACUAACCAAUAAAAACGUUUUGGUUACAUAAUUCAUGCAUAGUGUAUCAGCGUAAAAUAAAGAUUUGGGCACGGUCGUGGACCUUGCAACAUAAAUCUUUUCAUCUCUGUUUCCUCUGAAGUUUUGCAAGCUUCAAAACCAUUCUCCUCUAUUUACUAUGUUUGCACCAGUUAGCUACUGCCUUGGGCACACUUGAAAGCUUGGUAACAGGGGUAAAAAUUAAAAGAAGUAAUCUUAUUUUAUCCGUGUCGCGUCUCUGAUUGGUUGGUUUGACGCUGCACGGAUCUGCGCAACCUCGUUCCCAGGUUCUCUGUCCUUGUCAACGACAAGAGAGGCAGAGGAGAGAGAACCUGGGAGCGAGGUUGGGAUCUGCGUUGAGCUACGUCAUCAACAGUGGAAAUUUUUAUCGCGCUAAAGUUGCAUAAGUAGUGACCUUACGGAAGAAGCGGUACAAGUUUACAAAGCGAUGCAAGUAAAUUCCGAAAGAUGUGAC